GUAAAUAAAUUAAUUCUUUUUUUUUGGGGGGGAAAAAAAAAAACUCAAAUAAGCCCAUAAGCCCAUUGCUCUCUAAAAUCAUUCAACCGGAAACAAAUAUGAAACUUUCCACCGCCACUUUAAACAGAACCACCGCGUCCCGCCUCUUCUUCUUCUCCCAAACUCCUGUUACUCCUCCAAGUUUCCAAACCCUAAUUUCCUUCCCGACGUCUAGGUUUUCCCUGAGAUUCUCUUCCUUCAAUUCCGAAAAGCGACCGCUCGGAUUCUCCUGCUACUCAGCGAUGGCGGCAUCACCUCCGCCGUCUCGAUCACCGGUACAAGUGAGAGACACUAUUGAUUUGACGCCUAAGGAGAAACAAAUAUUUGAUCGGCUUCUUGAUGUCCUUCGUUAUUUUAACCUCCAAACUCAGCUUCGUGUUGCCGGUGGUUGGGUCCGGGAUAAGCUUUUAGGUAAAGAUUGUUAUGAUAUCGAUAUCGCACUUGAUGAUAUGUUUGGGAGAGAGUUUUGCGAGAAAGUCAAUCAGUUUUUGACAUCUGUUGGUGAAGAAACCCAAGGAAUUGGUGUUAUUCAAUGUAAUCCUGAGCAGUCAAAGCACUUGGAAACAGCUAGAAUGCGCUUGUUUGAUGAGUGGAUUGAUUUUGUCAACCUAAGAUCUGAAGAUUACAGUGAUAGUAGCCGUAUUCCGACUAUGCGAUUUGGCACUGCAGAGGAGGAUGCAUAUCGUAGGGAUUUGACCAUUAACAGUUUGUUCUACAACAUUAAUAAAAAUUCUGUGGAAGACUUUACUGGAAGAGGAAAGGCAGAUUUGAAGUCUGGGAGAAUAGUUACCCCGUUACCUCCUAAGCAGACAUUUUUAGAUGAUCCCCUACGAGUUCUUCGCGCUAUACGCUUUGGAGCACGAUUUGAAUUUGAACUGGAUGAGGAGUUGAAAGCAGCUGCAUCUGAUGAUGAAGUUAGAGCUGCUCUAGAAGAUAAAAUUAGCAGAGAGCGUAUUGGUCAUGAAAUAGAUCUCAUGGUAUCUGGAAAUCAACCGGUGCAAGCAGUGAAAUACAUUUCCGAGUUGCAGCUGUUUGGGUCUGUUUUCAGUCUUCCUUUGCAAUUGGAGCCUUCACUUUCAGAUGGAUAUGACAAAGUUUGUGUUGCACACAUGGAUUCUGCAUGGAAGCUUUUGCAAGCAAUUGAAUAUUCUUUCACUGCAGACCAGCAGAGACUGUGUCUGUAUGCUGCUUUGUUUCUUCCAUUCAGAGAAGUAGUAUACAAAGACAGCAAAGCUAAAACAUUUCCAGUUGUGAACUACAUAAUUCGUAAUUCUUUGAAGCUAAAGUCAAGUGAUGCAGAAACAAUCGUAAGCUUGCAUAUUGCUGCUCAAAGGUUUGUUUCCCUGAUGCAAUAUAUGGUGUCAAAUGAAGAUGUACAGUUUGUUGAGGUUGAUUGGAAAAGUGAAAUCAUUGAUGUUCCUGCUGCUUCAAAACUUAGAAUAUUGGUCGGAUUGCUACUUCGAGAUAUUAAAGAUUAUUGGCAGCCUGCACUGAUAUUGUCUAUGCUCUUAAACACUGAAGAUAUUCAGUCUGGUACAAGUUUGUCUGAAGUGGAUAAGAAGAAAGAGUUGUAUAAGGUGGUUGAGGAAUCAAUUGUAAGACAAGGUUUAGACAAAAUUUGGGGUGUUAAGCCGUUGGUCAAUGGAAAACAGAUCAUGAGUGUAUUGAACCUCAAGACCGGUGGACCGCUCGUGAGAGAAUGGCAGCAGAAGCUGCUUGAGUGGCAGCUUGCUCAUCCCUCUGGGACAGAAGAGGAAUGCAUUGAUUGGAUGACUAAAGCACAAAAUAAACGAGCAAGGACGGAGUGACUAUGGUCUUCAAGGCAGAUUCUUCACUGUCGAAUUCUCCAACAGAAGAAAACCUCUCUAUAUCCUCCCGCUGCCCUUGAUCACUUGGGGAUUCUAAGGCUGGAAAAAUGGUGGUAUGAGAAAUGAUAAUGACCUAGUUUUAAGAUACAAAAUUAACAGUGAACUCUUAUGACAAUUCUUAGGCAAAGUGUUCGUUAGUAGAGUACUAUUUAGCAUGGUAGAGAUUAAAAAAAAAAAUUGUCACCGCAAUACAUUUGGGUAUUUUAGGUAUCGUCUCAUUUGCGAAAGCAAACAAAUCUGUUUUUGAUUUUUUCGUUUUUUUUUUCCUCCCUACUGCUGCAAUCAUUAGUUGCGAG